AUCAAGGAUCACGGCCAAAAUCUCGAGGGGCUUGUUGUGUGUGGCACGCCCGCACAUCCCCACGUACUCCGAAACUCCGCAUCGGGCGUCCGGAAUGUGGCAUCACUUUUACCGGCGCUCUGGGUCUGGCGACAGUCCGAAAGCGAUUCAAGAUGAAGAAAGAUAAGAACAAGUUGGAACCUCGAGACUUUUUUUGGUCUACCUGCCUUUGCACUCAGUCUCAGCCAGCCCAGCCCCGUACUCAGCUGCCCGACGUAAAACCAACUUAAACAUCACCGAGGAUCGCAAAGACGAGAUACGCAAUGGCUUCUGCUCCGACUGGCCAGAUCACCUUCGAGGAUUUCCUCGGCCUCAGUGCUGCCGCCUUCGAGUGGGCGGACAGCUACGAUUCCAAGGACUGGGACCGGCUAAGGAAAUGCAUCGCCCCGACUCUUCGGAUCGACUACCGCUCCUUCCUCGGCAAGCUCUGGGAGGCCAUGCCCGCCGAGGAGUUCAUCACCAUGAUCUCGGACAAGAAGGUGCUGGGCAACCCGCUCCUCCGGACGCAGCACUUCAUCGGUGGCGCGUCCAAGUGGGAGAAGGUGUCGGACACCGAGGUCAUCGGCUACCACCAGCUCCGCGUCCCCCACCAGAAGUACACCGACGUCACCCUGUCCGAGGUCGCCGUCAAGGGGCACGCCCACAGCCACAACACCCACUAUUACCGCAAGGUUGACGGCGAGUGGAAGUUUGCUGGCUUGAACCCCAAUAUUCGGUGGUGCGAGUACGACUUCGACCAAGUCUUUGCGGAUGGGCGGGAGACCUUCAGUGAGGACGCCAAGAAAGACGAGGUUUCUGCUAGCGUUCUUGAGGUUGCCCAGCCUGGGCCCGAAGUUGUCUGAAGGGUUUCUCUAUAGUAACAAGGUCAAAUCGGAGUGUUUCUUCUUCUGGGACUGUUCGUUGAGACUCGUAAUAUCCAUGAUUCGUUACCUUUUAAGUGCCCGACACUACCAAUUUAUCUUCAAGUGCACGGACCCACGAGCAGACCCAUGCGAUCGGUGAUAGGCUCGAGCUUUUUGCUCAAGACAGACAUGGGU